GUUCUGGUUAGGCGGUUCGUCUAAAUUUCGACUGGCUGCACGUAGGUUGUUACCGCGCAGCCAAAUACUCAGGUUAAUGGCGCUCGUAGCGCCUAAAGCUCUUCAAGGACUGUACCUUUUUUGCGAACCUCUUGCUGAAGGGUCAUUUGGUGUCCUAUACAUCGCACUUCAUGCAGUAACUCGCCAGAAAGUUGCUAUUAAAAUAUUAGAUAAGAGGAAGCUGGGGGCUGAUGCAUUUCGUGUUCGAUGCGAGAUAGAAGCCCUCAAACAGCUGAAUCACAAGUACAUUUACAAGUUGUAUCAAGUGGUGGAGACACAAACACACUUUUAUUUGAUUUUGGAGUAUCUUCCAGGUGGAGAGCUGUUCGACUACAUUCUUCAGAAAGAACACUUAUCCGAGGUUGAGGCUCGUGUCAUAUUUCGACAGAUUGUUUCGGCUAUAGGAUACAUUCACAGCAAAGGCUUUGCCCAUCGUGACCUGAAACCAGAAAACAUCCUACUAGAUAAUGAUCAGAAUGUAAGAAUAAUCGAUUUUGGUCUGUGCGCCAAGGGUAAUAAUCUGUCGAUGUUGAAUACGUUUUGUGGUUCGUUUGCAUACGUUGCACCCGAAGUUCUAGCCAACAAGGAAUACUCAGGAAAUGCUGCUGACAUAUGGUCUUUGGGUGUGAUUCUUUAUGCAUUACUUUGCGGUCGUCUUCCUUUUGACCCCACGAAGCCGGAAGAACUCCCACAAACAAUUGGUAAAGGUUUAUUUGCAGUCCCUGAUGGUUUGAGCAAAACUAGUAAACACCUACUUAGUCAAAUGAUAUGUGUGGAUCCCAAAAAGCGUAUCAAAAUGGAUGAUCUUCGACGUCACGCAUGGGUAGUUGAAGGUUUCAUGGGCCAUCCCGUAGAUCUGGAUGAAGAAAAAAUCCCAAUGUCGCCUCUGAACAUGCAGAUUGUUGCCGAAAUCACUGCAUACACACGGAUUCCAAAAGUGGAACUUGCUCGAAUGCUACAAAAGCGUCCAUAUGAUUAUAUUAUGGCAACUUAUAUGAUCAUGGAAUCAGCUCUGGAAGAAGAGGAUGUUUUCAUUCGACUUCAACGUCGUAAUAAUGCACCAGGUAGUGUAGUUUCGUCUAGACGACUGCAUACACUUUCUUGUCGUCAAAUUCGAAGUGAGAAAGCUUCAGUUUCAGCUCCUACCAGUACUCCAUUGCACUGUGGAAGUCAGAUGGCACCAUCAUCAGUUCCCGUGGUACCAUUACAUGUAAAACCCAAUAAUUUGAUGCAUGCUGCCUUUAUUGAUGAAUCCACUACCUCUGAUCUACUUACUGAAGAUAUGAAUCAGUCUGAAAAGAAUGUCAAGUUCAAUUCAUCUUUGUCACCUUCCAAGAAUGGUCCAUUUUUUCAUCAGAAUAAACAAAUGAAUAGUUAUACUCAAAAUGAAAUUGAAAAUUAUCCUCCUCAUUUCUCAGUAAAUAAAAAGAGUCAACCACCUCGAGGCAAAAUUAUGGAUCAUCCAGGUUUAUCUCCUAGCCGGUCAGUUGAUUCACAACUCACCAACUUAACACAUGAUUUUCAUAAUACACAGUUAACUGAUAAACGACAUCCUUCAUCAGUGAAUGAGACUACAAGUGAGGACAAUUUAUCAACAGCCUAUUCAUCAUCUAUAUCAUCGAAAAUGCUGCAUCAUGAAGUGACAUCUCUUCAUUCAAGUCCUGGAAUCAUUGGUGAUGAUUUUUCACAGUCUCAGAGUUCCGCAGACGAAUGUAGAUCUGGUUCAAAUCAUGCGCCUGAGACUGGUGGUUGGCGUAAUUUUGGACGUUUCAAAAAAGCAUUGACUCCUAAAAAAGUUAUAACAGAUGGUCGGCUAGUUGUAGACCGAUUACGAAAAACGCGUCAUCUAAAUAAUGUUUUAAUUGUACGAAAUGAUAUGACUCCUGGUCAAGUGUUUGAUCGAAUAACUGCAGCUUUAAAGCAGCACUCUAUACGCUUUACUCUUAAAGGAUCUGGUUUCCUUUGCGUCUUCGCCAAUGAUUGGGGUAAAACUGUUCUAUCAUUCGAAUUAGAAUUGGUUUAUGUCUCAGCACGAGCAGCUGAAGCUUCAGUUCGUCGUCGUAUGACUUUAAGAUCAACAUCUCCUGCAGUCCGCAUACAUUCAAGUGAAUCUACUAAGAACCAAUCAGGAAUGACAAUCAAUACAUCAACAUCUUCUAAAGGGUCAUCUCGAUUACCAUCAAAUUCACGAGAUCACCAUGAUCGUAUACUAGGCAUUAAAAUGAAGCGUAUACAUGGUGACUCGUUUAUGUACACUAGCCUGUGUCGUACAAUUCUUGAAUCAGCUGGUGUACGAUCAGAAGGUUAAGAUGUUUAUUCUUUCUUUUCUCCUUUCUUUUUCACAAUUCAGGCGAAUUUCUUAAUCGAUUCCCCUAAGCGUUUGUGAUAGAACAGAUAUUACAACAAAAUUAAUGAACAUUAUUAUUAUUAUUAUUAUGCUAAAGAGAAAAAUAGGUGUAUAUUUGCCAGUGAUUUUGUAGAGUUGUGAGUUUUGCCCUUUUGAUAUAUAUGAACAAUAAGAUUAGAUUAUUAUUAUUAUUAUUAUUUUUGACAGAAACUAAAAGAUUUGUCUCUGCUUGGUAUAUAUCACCAAUGUGUUAUGCAGCAUAUAUAUAUAUAUUAUAUAUUAUAUACUUGUGAGUGAACUUGUUCAUUGGUUUUACUUUCCUGUUCAAGUUUUUGUUAACUUAGAGAUCAGUUAAUAAAUGUGCCGGAUUUA